AUGAAUUUCAAACCUUUAAAGAACCUAAGAUACAUCAUCAUAGGGUGUAUAAUAUUCACUUUAGUGAACGUUUUAUUCUCAUUCAGAUCAUUCGGAUCCAUUGAUGAAUUCCUAGAUAAGACCAUACCUAGAACAGUCAAGGUAUACACAGUUUAUCAUAAAGAUGAUCUGAAUAAUUUCGUUAUUCUUCAAAAAUCAGAAAUAUCAUCAAAUCAAUUCAGAUCAAAAAAAUAUCAGUAUUUGGAUUUGAAAACUCCAGUUCAACCUGAAGAUUUCCCAAAUUAUGAAAUCAAAUAUAUUGAUGAGUUUGAUUAUAGUAAUAUGACUGCAAGGAAGAUUGAAAAAUUCAUCGAUGACACUAAAUUUGGUGACUUGUUUAUUGUUGAUUACGAGAGUAGAUUUUCCAAUCAAUUUGUUAGAUUUUUCCAAAAUUUGUUUGAUAUUAUUGAAGAUUGUAAACCUUCCAUACCUGGUAUCAAUAACAACGACCAUUAUAGAAUUUGUAAAGAGGAAGAUAAAGUUCCUAAUAGAGAUGGAAGAGUUAUGGUCUAUGGUGGUCAUUUAAGAGAAAAUUAUCUUGAAGAAGAAAUCAGAACUAAGGAAUUUUUAGCUACUUAUUUAAGAUUAGAUGAUAAUGAAAUCAAGUCUUUGACCGAAAGUCAUAAAAAGUUUUUAUUCAAAAUGCCAAAUUCUAUACCUCAAGAAUUAAUUGAUUACAGUAAAUUCAAUGAUUUCAUGAAAGGUGAUGGUAUAGUUUAUCUUGGAGGAGAUGAUUAUAAUCAAUUGGCUUUGUUAUCAAUAAAGAUGUUGAGAUCAGUAGGGUCUAAAUUACCUAUUGAAUUGAUUAUUCCUAGAGAAAGUGAUUACGAUAUUGAUUUAUGUAAUUCUAUUCUCCCAAGUCUCAAUGGUAAAUGUAAAGUUAUGGAACAUUUCUUACCUAAAUCCAUAAUUGAUAAAGUUAAAGGGUAUCAAUUGAAAAAUUUAGCUUUAAUGAUUUCAUCUUUUGAAAAAGUAUUAUAUUUGGAUGCUGAUAAUAUUCCAGCAGCUAAUCCUGAUACAUUGUUCAAUAACGAACCUUUCCUUAAUAAUCAUUUGGUUGUUUGGCCAGAUUUAUGGAGAAGAAGUACUUCUCCUUUAUUCUAUCAAAUUGCUAAUAUCGAAACAGAUGCUUCUGUUAGAUUGAGAUCUUCUUAUUUCAACGGUGAUAAACGUGGAGAAAAUAGUAAAAUUUCUUUCCAUGAUGCUAAAGGUACUAUACCUGAAGCAUCUAGUGAAACAGGUCAAUUGUUGAUCAAUAAAUCAGUUCAUUUCAAAACCCUUAUCUUAUCCAUGUACUAUAAUUAUUACGGGCCUCAAUAUUUUUAUGCCUUGUUGAGUCAAGGUGCUGCCGGUGAAGGUGAUAAAGAAACAUUCAUUGCAGCUGCCCACAAAUUAAGAUUACCUUAUUAUCAAGUAAAAGAGUUUAAUAGAGAAUUUGGUCCAGAAAAGUCAAAAAAUAAGCAUGAAUUAUUUGGAAUGGGUCAAUAUGAUCCAUUAAUCGAUUUCGUUCAAGAUAGUGAUCAUGAAAAAUGUUUAACAUCAAAUUUCGUUCCUGAUUAUGCCAUUAAUUCCGGUGAUAAAGAUCAUUCUAAUUACAAUUUCCAUUAUUUCAAAUCUUCUAGAUUAAUGUUCCUUCAUGCCAAUUGGCCAAAAUAUAAAUUGCAUGAAAUGUUCAUUGCCAAUUCUUUUGGUAGAGGUCCAAAACAUGGUGAUAAAAGAAGAAGACUUUAUGAUUUGAAUAUCAUGCAAGAAACUGAUGGUUUUGAUCUUGAAUUAUCUAUCAUGCAAAGUUUACAAUGGCUUUUCUGUGAAUUGAUGAUCAAUAUAAAGAAAGUCCCAGAAUUGGAAUCCGACGAUAGAAAACGAAUCUGUAACGAGAUUAACGAACAAAUCAUUUUUUUGGCAAGUAAUACGGGUAACUAA